AUGAUCUGGGAGCGAUCUUUCAAGACUUUGUUACCUGAAUUCUUCAUCAAGGAUAUACCAGCCUACCUCCCUAGUUCUUCUGCGCUGUUGCUACAAAUCAAAUUUGGGUCUGCAGAUCUGCAAGCGAAGUAUCAGCUUUUCUCUGCUCCGCCUGAUGUCUCCGUCCCUGGACCCAGCUCCUCGGUGGUCAUUGAGGAGUUGGCAUCUGACGAUCACUCGUGUUCCACUUACCAGGUUUCUCAAGAGGACUUUCAGUUUUCUUCGGUUACACCUUCUCCGCUGGGUAAGCGACCACGUCAGUCUGCACGCUCACGGUGCUCCAUCACGCUUGUGGAUCCAGCUCCCAACUUCUCCAUUCGACGCAUGACGCGCAGUGCUGCCAAGAGGACAGGCAUGAAGCCCGUCUCUGCAAUUUCUCCGAGGUCUGCCCCCCAGCGUCGCCCGAAGGCCAAGAAGCUUCGACUUGACGAUGAGCCCAGCGUGCUCCCUCUCCCACCUCCGACGCCUAUUUCGACGCUGCAGGCCAUUGGAGUGGCUUUGGGCAUCGAUCCAGCCGAGUUAUCAGUGGAGAAGCUUAUGGCUUCUCCUAAUCCUGCUGCAGAAGUAUCUGUCUGCAACAAUUGGUUACUGUUAUUGCAACAUAUGGGCUCAAUUCUGAGGCUCGACAGCGUGAUCUCCGUGCCAAGAUUGAGGAGAGCAGAUGUUCUGUUAUUUGUCUGCAAGAAACUAAAUGGACGGAGCUAUACCUGGUCUAAUAUGCAGCAGAACCCCCUGCUUGAGCAACUCGACUGGUUCUUCACUACUGCUGAUUGGAUCUCACACUACCCAAACACCGUGGUUACCACACUAGCCAGAACUUCCUCUGACCACGUGCCUUGUGUGGUGUCCAUUGACACUACCAUUCCUGCGGCCAAGAUUUUUCGGUUUGAAAAUUUCUGGUUGGAUAUGCCGGGGUUCAUGGAUUGUGUUUCCAAGUCCUGGAAUGCACCUGUUUUCUCUGAUCUCUCUGCUUCAGCGGUUAUCACAAGGAAAUUUAAGCGACUGCGGUACGAUUUGAAAAUUUGGAGCAAAAAAUUAUCGUACAUCAAAAAGCUUACUGUUGAUUGCUCAAAGGUGAUUCUGCACUUUGAUCAGCUGGAGGAAGUGCGACCUUUAACACGGCCGGAAUUCAACUUCCGGAAAUGCGUGAAGUUACACUAUGAACACCUGUUAAAACUUCACUACAUAUAUUGGAAGCAGCGGUGCACUAUUAGGUACAUCAAGGUUGGUGAGGAGAAUUCAAAAAAAAUUCAUGCCAUGGCCUCUGAGCGUAUGAGGAGAAACUCAAUCUCCAGCCUCAAAACCAGCUCCAUGCUUGAUCCAGUGACUGAUCAUGCUCAGAUGGCGGGAAUCCCGUGGGCCUCUUUCAAAUCUAGGAUGGGCCGGGCCCAAGGGAUCUCUAUGGGCUUUGAUUUGAAUUAUUUAAUUCAACCCAUCCCGGGGCUGGAGGAGUUAUCCUUGCCUUUUUCUGAUAAAGAAAUACACAAAGUUUUGAAGGAUUUACCGGCGGAUCGAGCACCUGGCCCAGAUGGCUUUAAUGGGAUGUUUGUCAAGCGCUGUUGGCCUAUCAUUGAGGGGGAUUUCUUGAGGAUGAUUCGGGCUUUUUAUGAGGGGAAACUCUCGUUGGAAAAUAUCAACUCCUCCCUCAUUACGCUCAUUCCCAAAAUCAUGUCACCAGAAGGGCCGGAUGAUUUCCGGCCAAUUUCCCUCACCAACACAUGUCUUAAAUUCCUCACAAAAUUACUGGCCAACAGAUUGCAGCGGGUGAUCCUCAAGUGCAUCCACAAAAAUCAAUACGGGUUCCUCAAGGGCCGGUCGAUUCAGGAUUGUCUGGCCUGGAGCUUUGAGUAUAUUCAUCAAUGUAAGCAAUCCAAGCGCCCAAUUGUAAUCCUUAAGUUGGACUUUGCUAAGGCCUUUGACACAGUUGAGCAUGAGGUUAUUCUUCAGAUGUUGCAGCAUAAAGGUUUUGAUGCCAAAUGGGUUCUUUGGGUUAAACAGCUGUUGUCUACAGGCUCGUCGUCUGUGCUGUUAAAUGGCAUUCCUGGAAAGCAAUUCUUGUGUAAGUGUGGCGUCAGGCAGGGUGAUCCACUCUCUCCUCUGUUGUUCGUCAUCGCAGCCGACCUGUUGCAAUCUGUGGUUAAUCAAAUGCUCGCGUCUGGCACACUUUCUUUGCCUCUUCAGACACAUGACAGGGAUUUUCCCAUCAUUCAAUAUGCGGAUGAUACGAUCCUAUUUCUUGCAGCUAAGGAUGAUGAGCUUGUGGCCCUCAAGAAUAUGCUGCUUACAUUUCAACAAUCCACUGGUUUAAAGGUCAACUUUGCUAAAUCCUCAAUGAUCCCACUGAAUAUGCCUAAUGAGGAGGCUGACAGACUUGCUGCUAUUCUUGGUUGUAAAAUUGGCCAACUUCCAUUUACUUAUCUUGGAUUGCCAUUGGGAACUACAAGGCCUAGGAUCAUUGACCUCAUGCCCUUAGUUGACAGUCUUGAAAGGAGGUUAACUGCAAGCUCUUCUAUGCUGAAUCAAGGCUCUCGUUUGCAGCUUCUCACCUCUGUCUUGACCUCUCUGCCAAUAUACUUUUUGUGUACCCUCAAUAUCCCAGCGGGGAUCAUUAAGCAACUGGACAGGAUCUUCAGGCAAUGUCUUUGGAGGGGUAAUAAUGAUGUUCCAAAACAGUCCCUGGCUGCUUGGGAGCUCGUUUGUAGGCCAAGAGAUAAGGGUGGUUUAGGCAUUAUUAAUCUGAACAUUCAGAACCAAGGGCUGCUUCUCAAGCAUCUGCAUAAAUUCUAUAACAAGGUUGAUGUUCCUUGGGUGACCCUCAUAUGGAAUAGUUACUAUGAUCACGGGGUCCCACGGGCAACAGCUACUGUUGGAUCUUUCUGGUGGAGAGAUAUUCUGAAGCUGCAUGAGGCUUACACUGCUAUUGCUUCAGUCCACAUCAACAUGGGUGAUUCUGCCCUUUUCUGGACUAAUUCCUGGCACAUUGGGGGCUCUGCUAGACCCCUCUAUUGGAGAUUGCCAAGGUUGUUUUCUUUUGUCAUUAAUGACAGGAUCUCUGUGAGGGAAUUUCUCCAAUCCCAGGAUCUCUUCUCCAUGUUUUAUCUGCCUCUUUCUCAGGAAGCUGCUGCUGAGUUGCACACAUUGGAAAAUUGGAUCAUGCAGUUAGACAGAGACCCCACCAUCCCUGAUGUUUGGAUAUGGCCUGGUCAAUCAGGAGGACUUAACACCAAGGAUAUGCUGGUUAGGAGACACUGGCGUUCGAAUCAGGAUGAUAAUCUUUGCCUCAUCUGCACUGUAGAAUCUGGAACUAUUUGGGUAUUGAUUGGUCUGGAGGUUCAGAUAUCCUGCAAUGUCUCCUGCAUGCCAGGGUGA